ACACAACUCACUUGUACACACCGUUCAAAAUGACUCUCUUUGGUCCUCUGGGUCUUUCUCUCGCACCCUACAUCCGCUCUUCGAGGACUCUCAGGAGAUGGAUCAAGCCUUUUGCUGACUGGUAUGUCGGCCUUGCUGGAUACAGAAAGGUUGGCUUGAGAUAUGACGACCUCCUCGUCGAGGAGCGAGAUGACGUCCAGAGGGCACUUACUCGUUUAACGCCACGGGAGGCUUAUGACCGCGCAUACCGAUUCAAGCGUGCUUCGCAACUCAGCAUCCUCCAUACCAAUCUCCCUAAAGACCAGUGGACAAAACCAGAAGAGGAUGUUCGAUACCUCAAGCCUCAUAUCGAGGAUGUCGAGAAGGAAGAGAAUGAGCGUAAAGUGUGGGACAGUGUUCAUGUCGAGAGGAAGUAACCGCGCUUUGCACCUUCUUAUUGGUCGCACAACAUCCUGCUUUGGAUAUGCUGUAGAGUGUAACUUACACCCACCAAAUCUCGGUACACUUAUUCGAAAACACUUCCUAGCAGUCCCU